AAAGAACGCGAGUGAAGCGAGCGUCCAGCCCCGCCGCUCCUUCCUUUGCCCGCGGCCAAGAUGUUUGCGGACGAUCGCAUCGUGACUCUGUUCAAAAGGAACGCCCACCACACGUUGACUUACUGGAGUGUUUUCUUCAGCUUCGGACUGUGCAUCGCCUUCCUCGGGCCGACCAUUCUGGACUUGCAGUGUCAGACCAGCUCCACGCUGAGCCAGAUCACGUGGGUGUUCUUCUCGCAGCAAUUCUGCCUGCUGAUCGGCAGCUCGGUCGGCGGCGUUUUCAAGAGGACGUUGUUCACCGCUCUGUGCGCCUUGUUCGUCUCGGCGCUCAUCAUCUCGGUGAUAUUCGCCGUCAUCCCUCUGUGCAAGAACGUCCUGGUGCUGGCCAUCGCCAUGGCCGUGUCCGGUCUGGCCAUGGGAGUCAUCGACACCAUCGCAAACAUCCAACUGGUCUCCAUCUAUCAAAAGGACUCUGCUGUUUUCUUGCAGGCCCUCCAUUUCUUUAUUGGCUUCGGCGCCCUGGUGAGCCCUCUGAUUGCGGAUCCUUUCCUGUCGGAGCACGGCUGCGGGAAUCACACUGGGAACGAGACGGCGACCGUGCAUCAUUUCAGGAACGUGCUGAGAAACAGUCCCGUCGCGGAGCACAACAUCACUCAGAGCUACUCGCCCGGCGGGGGGGCCGAGGGCGAGUCCAUCGUGCAGUACGCCUUCUGGAUCAUGGCCCUUAUCAAUCUGCCCGUGCCCCUCGCGGUCCUCUUCCUGAUGUACCGCGAGCAGCUGAUUCCUUGCUGCCCCAGCGGCGCACCUCGUCUUCUGGACAGGGACGAACUGGCGAUGGAGAACCGGCGGGGAGCCGAGGCCGCGGAAGCCGAGCAGGGGGCGCACCGAGCCGGAGGUCACGGGGACAUCUUCAGCUGCUGUCAGAAUGAUAACCUGCGGGGCUUGCCGGUUUCCUUCUUCAUGAUUCACAUCCUUGGUGGGAUGGUGCUCUUCAUGACGGACGGGAUUGUGGGCGCCUACGCUGGCUUUGUGUACACGUACGCGGUGGCUUCGCCCAUGUCGCUCCCCCACAAGACGGCGGGCUACCUGGCCAGCAUUUUCUGGGCGGCCAUCACCGCAGGUCGACUGCUGUCCAUCCCGCUCUCGUACCGUUUCCAAGUUGUGAGACUGCUCGCGUUCAACCUGGCCGGCGCGAUUAUCACCGUGUUGCUGCUGCUGAUCUUCUACACCAGCAGCACGUUUUUGUAUGUCGGGACGUGUUUGUGCGGCCUCUUCCUCAGCAGCAUCUUCCCGUGCAUGCUCGCCUACACCGAAGACAUCCUCGAUUACCAGGGUUGUGCUACCUCGGUGCUGGUGACGAGUGCGGGAAUGGGCGAGAUGGUCAUGCAGGUUCUGGUCGGCUCAAUCAUCCAGACGCAAGGCAGCUACAGCUUCCUUCUGUGUGGCGUGAUUAUCGCCAGCAUCGGUUUGAUCCUUUUUAUCGCUCUGCUCUUCUUCCAUCGGAUGCACAGAAACUACCUCACAGGAACGACAAAAAAGUCCGCCAUGGUGGAGGAAGAAACGCCGGAAACGAACCGACUGCCCAAAGUCGAGCCAAUAGAGGAGGCAGAGAAGAGCUGAGAGUUCACAUCAUAUCAUAUCAAUGCAUGUAUCCCCCCCCCAAAAAAAAAAAAAAAAAAGAAAAGACUUUUAAUGUGCUGGUGCAGUAUACAGUAGAUAUAUCUAUUUUUUUUUUUUUUGGAUUUGGAUUGAUGUUGACGCUUCUGAAGAAAAGUGGGAUGGGUGCACCACAACCACUGAGUCAGUCUCAAGUUGGCCCUCUGAAGACGUCGAUUUUCAGAAAAGCAAUAUGACGUCAGUUAUGACUAAAACUCCAACUUCAAUAUCCCUUCCCAAGGAAAAAAAUACUGAAAUAACAAUCAAAGUAAAGUUUAUUGAACUAUUAAUUUUAUGCCUUGUCCGCUCAGGGAAUCUGGUCAAAAGCCC